AUGACAAUCGCCUACGUUGGGUGGAUUGGUCCAAGUGCACGUCAGGAGCUUGCUGGGGACAAGAAGGAACAUACUUUUACGGUCAGCAAUGGCACGAUCAAGGUGGAUUCCAAGCCUCAGGAAGUCCAAGCUGACACUGCAACAGAUGUGCUCAUGCAGUAUGCCUUGAUGCGCAGGGCUCUGGCCUUUGAUCAGGCGAAUUUGAUUGAGUUCACAAAGUUCAUGAAGUGGUCAGACAGAUUGAUGAAGGCAGGAUUGGACAAGCCUCCGCCAGGGUUCCAGAGGCCCUCCAUCAAACAGCUCAUGGCAGCAGACACCAAGUUAUUUGAGGAGAUGGUGGAUCUCACUCGACAAGGGAUCACUCCUAAAGGGCGACCAUUAAAUCUGGUUUUGGACCAGUGCAUGGCGAUGCAUGAGGUGGCAAUGUUAAUUCAGCCCAGGCAGUUUUCCAGAAGUGAGUCAACGUAUGAGAAGGUGAAAGGCGGCGGAUCACGGGUUUGCAUGUUUGUUGUGUGCUCCACAAUGCGGUGGAGCUCAUGCAGCUAUUACUUGCGAGAAGUUGCUGUCGAAGAACGGCAAAAACUGAAUGAAACCAAUGAGACAGUCGAUGUGCACUGUCUGCCUCCGAUGUGUGGGGCGUCAAUUUUGACACAAGGCGAGGUGAGUCGCCAGGGCGACGUGAGUCGCCAGCCUCCGAUGUGUGGGGCAUCCAAUUGGACACAAGGCGAGGUGAGUCGCCAGCCUCCGAUGUGUGGGGCGCCAGAUUUGGCAGAGGGCGAGGUGAGUCGCCAGCCUCCGAUGUGUGGGGCGCCAAAUCUGGCACAAGGCGAGGUGAGUCGCCAGGGCGAGGUGAGUCGCCGGCCUCCGAUGUGUGGGGCGCCUCCAAUGUGUGGGGCAGAAGAUUUUGAUGAUUCUUUUUUCGGUGAAAAUCCUGGCUUGGAUAGUUGCCCAGUUUUGCCUGUGCGGGAACCUGUUUCACAAAAUGAUCUUAAACCCCUCAAGAAAGCUAUUUUUAUUGAGCUUUGUGCAGGGUCGGCCAAACUCUCAGCAGCUUGUGCUCGGGCGGGCCGGCCUAACAGCAGUUGCAGUGGACCAGCAUUCAAACCGACACCGCCUUUACGAUCAGCACAGUUUCCUAUGGGAUUACCGGGACUUUACGGGUCAGAUUUGGAGCGUGUGCAACUUGCCAAUCGUAUUUAUUUGUUGGCAGCUGAUUUUUGCGCAUGGCUAUCCAACAGGAAUAUUGACUGGUCAGUGGAGAACCCUGGACGUUCUUAUUUGUGGGAGUUGCCGUGCUUUAUUCGACUUCGUUCUUUGGCUUUAUUUUACGAUUUUGACAGUUGCAUGCAUGGUGGUGAGCGAGCAAAAUUUACGAGCUUUCUCUCCACGUCUCCGGCUUUGGGAGCGCUAUGUCUACGAUGCGAUGGUUCCCACGACCAUUUGCCAUGGGGAGUAUUGCCGGAUGGCACUUUUUCUACUGCUGCUGAGGCUGAAUACCCUACUUUGUUGUGCUCUCGCCUAGCCGAGGCCGUGGUUGCGUCUGCUGUGACGCGUGGAUACUCUAUGCCUGAGACCAUUGAACAGUCCGACCACUUGCAGCUGAAUGCGAUGGCAGUACAUCGACAGGCCACUAAGUCGAUGCCGCAGUAUCUCUCCGAGUUUGCCUAUGUGACUGAAGUGCUGGUGACAAAGUCCGAGCCGGUGUUGGAUCACAAGGGCAAGCUUAUACAACCCUUCCAUUUUGUGCCUGCUGGCGCUAAGAUGGGAAAAAUCAGUCAAUGGAGAAACUGGUUGGAGGAACUGGCUUCCCAGGAGAGGACACUCCAUGACAACAUGGACACUGAAGUUGGAAUGGUCUUGAAGUCCAAGAACAUUUUGCUCUUGGAAAGGAUUGCCAAAGAUUUGGAUUGGCCGGACAGAGCUAUCUUCACAGAGAUGUCCCAGGGUUUUUACCUUACAGGGAUCCCGAAACCAACAGGCGUAUUUUUGCCAGAGGCGGCUUUGCCAACUAUGACAGUGGAACAAUUAGAAGAAUCCAACAGUAUUAUCAAGAUGCAGCUUUGGGAUAGGAUUUCGAAUGCUGAAGCUGACCCGGAAGUAUGGGACAUCACGGUGAAAGAAGCGGAGGACAAUGGUUGGUUGUGUGCCCCUAUGAAUUUUGAACAGCUGGAGCAGAAGAUGGGUUCGAACUGGGUGCCAGUGCGCAGGUUCGGUAUUCAACAGUCCGGCAAGACCAGAGUCAUUGACGACUUCAGUGAGAAUGGUACUAAUUCGGCAUUUGCGGCACAGGAGAAGAUUGACCUGAAGGCGCUGGACCACCUGGCUUGGUGUGGGGCGACGUUGGCAAAAGCUGCUUUUGUAUCAAGGACGGUUGAUCUGAAGUUGUCCGACGGUAGUCGCCUAUCUGGUCCAGUCCACAGCCUUUGGAACCCCGCCACGGAGAAGAUCCUUACGAAGACAGUCGACCUCAAGUCGGUCUACAAGCAGCUGGCAAUUCACCCGUUGGAAAGGAGGAGGUCAGUGAUUUGUAUCAAGGAUCCGAAGUCGGGACGAGUGUUUGGAUUUGUCAGCAGGAUAGGCAAACUGGCCUUGGCCGAAUUGAGACACCUGGAGGACUGUAAAGGAAGUGUCUGGCUUUUGGAUGAGGACGCCAAGAGUGAGCUGGACCUUUUGAAAUUUCGUUUGUGCCACCAUCCACCGCGUAAACUCAACUCUUGUGACCCUGAGGUUCCGGUGUUCGUUUUUCCAGACGGAGCUUGCGAGCCGGCAGAUGACGGGUCGUAUUUGUCAUCGGUUGGAGGAGUAUUGAUAUGUGGCAGUGUCAAGCAGUAUUUUGGUGGUCGCUUGGACGGAUCUUUGGUGAACAGGUACAUCCUCAGAGAAGCAGUGGAGAGAAUUAUUGCGGAGACUUGA